UAUUGCAUUUUAAGAUUCAAAAAUUCAUAACUUUAUGCACUCAAAAAUAUGUCUUCAAACAAAGUAUCCUCAAUGGAGGACAUCAAGCUUGACCCAAUUGUCCAGACCCUCACUAUAAUCCAAUUGACAUACGGGGUACCGUCCGUGGUUUUAAUGAUUAGCUUCUUCAUUUUAAUGAGACGGACUCAGAUAUAUUCAAACUCUUUUUAUCGACUUGUUCAGUUGGAUUUGUUAACGAACAUUUUUCUCUAUUUCAACACGUGGCUUGGCAUCCGAAUGGCAAUGCACCCGUCCUUAAUAUUCAUACUAAAAUUCAUCGAGCAAUCAAUACCCGGAUUCCUCACAUGGUGCAGAUAUUUCACCUGGUGGUUUAUGCACAUUCAAUUUCUAACUGCAUCAGUUCUGAGUGUGCAUAGAAUUACUGCAAUUUUAUCUGCCGCUCGCUAUGAGAAGUCCUGGGCGCGAUACUAUUUUGUGUGUGGUAUUUUAUUUGCAUUAUACAGUUUUCUGCCAAGUCUGCUGUGGUUUGGGUUUACCAAUGAAGUUGUUAUAUUAAAUGGAACACUUUCUAUUAUAAAACAUUCCGGGACAAUUGUCAAAGCAACGAAUGUUACCGCAAUAUUCUCCGUAAUUUAUUUUAUUGUAAUUUUCUCACUGGGAGUAGUAACUUCCUGCAUGUUCACCAGUUAAGCAAAAGAAUUCUCGUCAACCUACGAAAAAAUUACCAAAAAAUUGACAAAAAUUGCACUGACCUAUUGCUUUUUGUACGCUGGAAUUUUAUGUUGGACGGUUAUUACUGCACUCCAUAAUCAAUAUAAUUUUCUUCCCAGUUUUGUUAUCAAGAUUAAUCAAACUUUUUUAGUCUUCUCAUCCGAUUUGAUGACCUUAUCAUUACCAUAUAUUUUGCUUAUUUAUGAUACAAAUGUCAGGAAGCAGGUGUUCCCCAAGAAGCCGAAAAUUAUGAGCAAUUUUGGGUUCUCGAGUUUUUUAAAUUCCUAAUUCCUGAAUUUUUUUCGAAGAAUAAAGUUUUGUGAAA